UAGGGAGAACAGAGAGAGAGAGGUUCUUCCGACCUCAAGCCUCGUCUUCCGCAGCACUGUUUGCUCGCCUACAAACAUUGAAUUUCACAAAAAAUACUUUAGAUCGAAAUCAAUUCUCUUGCCAUUUUUCUAUCUUCGUAGUUUUCAAGCUUCUGAUUAAAUCUGGCUGUUAAUGAAGAUAAAGUUGCUGAAUCAAACUCCAUUAUCGUUUUGCUGAAGCUCGCCGGCGCCGGGACUGCAUUCGAACUGAUCUUCUGAAUUUGGCUGUGACUACUCACCGUUGGCCGUGGUGGAAGUCUUUCUAGAAGAAGAAUUUCCUCUGAAAUUUGACGAUCGGAAGUGAUUUUAUCGAGAAACAAUCAGAAUCCAGGAAUCGCGCCAAAUCCUUACCUAAUGCGAGUAUUGGAAAACCUAGCUUUGUCGUAAAGAGACUGGGAACGCUUCGUCUUGGAGAUCUUUACCAGCCGGAGACUUGCUCCAGAAAUUUGCUAUUUGGCUGCUUUCCAUGCCUGGUGUGGAUCUAAGAAUUAAUUCCGGAAUUUUCCUGCUCUUUCUUGCUCCAGAAUCCAGCAAUCGAGCUCUGAAUUUCCUAGAGCACUACCAUUUCCGAAGCGACAUAAAUCAAAAUUCCGCGAGAAUUCAUCUUCCGGCUGUGGACUGUCAAAUCCAAAAUUGGCGAAAAAUCCGAUGGAACUUCCUCAACCCCGUCCGUUUGGAGCCGAAGGAAGCAAAUCAACACAUGACUUCCUCUCACUGUACACCCAUUCAAGUCCACAGCUAGAUCCAAGACCAUCCUCACAAGGUGGCUAUCUUAAAACACACGAUUUCCUGGAACCACAAGAGCGAAAAAGGAAGGCCAGUAGCAAGAAAGAGAUAAACGUGGAGAGGCCGCCACCACCGGUGCCGACGACUUCCGUCGAGCAUUUUCUCCCCGGAGGGAUCGGGACUUUCAGCAUUAGCCAAGUUUCAUAUUUUGAUCAGAGGACUCUGCCGAAGCCGGAAGGUUCGGUUUUUACUGGUGCUCGAUCGAGUAGCAGCGGUGAGAGAAAUGAUGAGAACUCCAAUGGAAGUGGAUUCACUCUGUGGGAGGAAUAUGCAGUUAAAAAGGGAAAGACAGGGAAGGAGAAUAUUUUGGGCGAUAGACCCCAUGAACCUCGGGCGAGCACGAGCCAAUGGACGGCGUCCAUGGAGCGGCCGUCGCAAUCAUCUUCGAACAACCAUCACAACGCUUUCAGUUGUUUCUCAUCUUCUCAGCCGAGAGGAAAAAAGAACCCGAGCUUCAUGGAGAUGCUAAAGUCGGCCAAGAGUAACUCUCAGGACGAGGAACUAGACGACGAUGGUGACGUUGUCAUCAAGAAAGAGAUCUCUACCGCCAAUAAAGGAGAAUUGAGGAUUAAAGUUGAUGGGAACAGCUCUGAUCAAAAGGCGAACACUUCUAGAUCAAAGCACUCUGCGACAGAACAACGAAGAAGAAGCAAGAUAAACGAUAGAUUUCAGAUGCUUAGAGGCCUCAUUCCUCAUAGUGACCAAAAGAAGGACAAGGCGUCUUUCUUAUUAGAGGUGGUUGAGUACAUUCAAUUCUUACAGGAAAAGGUACAGAAGUAUGAAGGUUCAUACCACGAAUGGAAUCGAGAAAUUGCUAAAUUAAUGCCGUUGAGAAACAAUCAACGAAGUGCAGAUGGCUAUAAUGAUCAAUCUCGAGGGGUAGAUAGUGGGCCUGGUCCUGCACUAGUUUUUUCAGCAAACUUUGUUGAGAAAAAUGCCGCUUUAUCUCCCCUUGUUCCUGGGAGUUCACAUAAUGCAGUCGAUUCUGACACAAGUUCCGCGACAACCUUGAAAGCAGUUGAUCACCAUCCUGGAAGAACAAAUAACGUAGUACCAUUUCCCAUGUCCAUUCCACCAAAACUUUAUGCACCUACAAGGGAUGGAACUGUGGUGCCCCAAGCCUCGAGACCAUUGUCAUCCGACACCGAUCACCCUUCAUCACAGUCUCAAAUCCUGUCGUAUCAGGCCAGAUGCUACAACAAUGACGCUGCUGUUGCAAGUGAAUUACAGAAAGAACAAGAUUUGACCAUUGAAGGGGGUACCGUUAACAUCUCAAGUGUAUAUUCUCAAGGGUUGUUAAAUAGUCUCACUCACGCACUGCAGAGUUCAGGGGUGGAUCUAUCGCAGGCCAGGAUCUCUGUGCAAAUAGAACUCGGUGAACUAGCAAAUAGGAGAUCCACAGCUCCAUCAUCCAUUGUCAAGGAUAUCAACAUUCCCAUCAACGAUAUGGAGACGAUACACACUAGAGUUUCGGCUGCAGAGGAUUCCGAGAGGGCUACAAAGAAGCUCAAGACUGUGAAAAGCUUAGUGUGAGAAUUCCUUUCUUUUCAUAAUUUUUUAUUCAUUUUUUUAGGGGCUCCUCUUCCUUUUCGGGGGGGUUCCCAUGUGUCUUCCACUGGUUAAAAACUACACAGUUACCCAAAAUUUAUGUCUAGUUUAAUUCAUUUAGUUGGGGAUGCCAUGGGCACAAUGGGCAUGUAACAUUGACCUGAAUUCUUCUUUGUAUUUCUAUAUAGAGGCUUCCACCUAAUAUAUUGUGAAGCUGCUUUUUAUUUUUUUUA